UGCCGACGUUGCCAAUUGCACCGCUGUGAAGCUGCGCACCUGCGCGCAAGUAGGGGUCACGGGAACGGCUGUCUCCCCUCCGCCGUCGCGGUCCUCCGAAACGCCGUCGUUCCCUGCGCGAGUGCGCGAUUUUGCGUUUUCCAGCUGUAUCCCUCGGACCACCCACGCGCCACCUCGGUCCUCCACAGAAAAGGCAUGCCAUGGAUGCUCGCGGGUGCGAGCGGCUGCACCGCGCGCUCAUCGAGUGCCACCGCCGCGUCCCGUCUGAUCUCGCCCGCGCUUCGGCGUGCCGGCACCUGAACAGCGCCCUAGCGCAGUGCCUGGUGUCCGAGGUCUGCCCCGACGAGUCGGAGGCCGUCCGCAGCCUCUGCGCCAGCGGCGGGACCGACCUCAAGCGUUCCCAGUGCCGGCAAGCGCAGCUGGAUCUCUCCGUCUGUCUCGCUUCCCAUCAACGCGAUUGAUCCUCCUCGAGAACCUUAGAUACCGCGAUUUCCUCCGGUCACUUAAAACCUGCAGAUAGAGCAAAGCAGUCUGGCAGGGUGACUGAUUAGUGGGGAUCUUCCUAUGGUCCCAUGAAGGUUGCGUUUCAGGCUCCUAGUGGACCUUCGGAUUGUACGAGUGAGAGGAACUGAAGCCAUAUUGUCCAUUACACUGCUUCUGGCAGCCCGCCUUUCAAUCUUUUAUGAAGGAAUAUUGCAUGCAUAUUUCUUGGGGAGGUUGCCUUUGAUUUUGCACCGUAUUUUCCCUUGUAUAUAUGGAUCUCUAGUUUGAUCUUUAGUCUUAUGGUGGGUGAGUAGGUUGACUUGCAUACUUCCAGCAAACAGGUGUAAACUAGAUUAACGUCUUACUUGGGGGAUGCAGUUCUCACAUCAUAGGUGCUGAGAAGGCAUGUGCGACACUUGCUCUAAUGACCAGUUUCAACUUGCACCGAAGGAUCGUGUUCGAUCCUGUGUCAAA